AUGGCAGCUCAAAGCUCUUUGCUUGCAGCUUCCACAAUUGCGAUCCUGGCAAUUUCACUCUCUCUAGCAGCAGAUCCAUCUCAGCUUGUCACCAAGCUUCCGGGACAGCCACAAGUUGGAUUCAAACACUACGCUGGAAACAUUCCAAUCAAGUCAGGCAAGGCACUCUUCUAUUGGUUUUUCGAGGCAGACACUACUAGCAACGCUCCAUCUUCGUUACCUCUCGUCUUGUGGCUCAAUGGAGGUCCCGGUUGUUCUUCGGUCGGAUCGGGUGCUCUUGGCGAGCUCGGACCUUUCCGGCCGUCGCAGAAUGGUCUCAAGCUCAACGCAUACUCAUGGAACAAGAAUGCAAAUAUCAUUUUUCUAGAGUCCCCUGCCGGUGUGGGCUUCUCAUACUCGAAUUCUUCUGAUGAUUCAUAUACAGAUGAUAACACCGCCGACCAGAAUUUACAGUUUCUUAUAGAGUGGCUAAAAAUUUUCCCAGAGUAUUCCAAGAACGAUUUCUACGUGACUGGGGAGAGCUAUGCAGGGCAUUACAUUCCAACAUUGGCAUCAAAGAUCCUGAGCUACAACUCUCAAGGCGGCUCCAUAAACUUCAAAGGAAUCGCGAUUGGCAAUGCCUGGACGGACAGCAAGUUUGAGCUGCCCGGGAACGUCGAGUUCCUGCACACACACUCGAUCAUCUCCGAUGACAUAUACAGCGAGGCUAUGGAGAACUGCUUCUCCCCGAAAGGUGACGCCGCCAAGUGCAGCGCCGCAAACCAAGGCAUCAACAGGCUCACGCAGUUCAUCAACCCGUACAACGUGUACAGGGACGACUGCACCAUCCAGGUGAGAAACCGUCGACGUGACGUCGACCUUCACAAGAAUCUGCUGCGGAGAGUGUACGAUACUUGCGAAGAUUGGAUAGGGUCGUUCCUCAACUCGCACGACGUUCAGGAAGCCCUUCAUGUCGCGAGGCGUCCUGUGGAUUGGAAUUUUGAUGGUUCUAUGCUUCCUGUGUACAAAAAGCUUCUUACAAGCGGCAUAAGAAUCUGGAUUUACAGUGGAGAUUGGGAUUCCGUUGUGUCCACACUAUCAAGCCGAAGCUGGAUCGAUGCUCUCAAUCUCACCGUACACACGCCCUGGUAUACGUGGGACUACGAAGAUGAGGUUGGAGGAUGGACUCAGGUAUACGAAGGUCUCACGUUUGCGACGAUUCGAGGAGCCGGCCACAUGGUUCCCACGGAUCGACCAGGCCCAGCGCUCGCAAUGUUCCAAAGCUUUCUAGCUGGAAAACCUCUUCCAACAUUUUGA